AUUAAGCAUAAGAACCAUGUUUUCUCUGUCAUCAUCAUCAUCUACUGCAAACAUCGCAAAACUCUACUCUGUUCAGUUCGCUCAAUACUCCGCCUCGUCAUGGUCAAUCGAGGGGCCUCGCAAGGCUGCGUCACAUGCCGACAGCGCCGUGUUAAGUGCGAUGAGAGAAAGCCUUGGUGCAAGGCGUGUCUUCGCCUUGGCAUUGAGUGCACGGGCUAUGAGAAGCGCGGGCUGAGAUUCAAGGACGAGACUGUUCGGUAUCGAGCGGCUUCAGCCGCUGUUACGCGCGUCAGCAAACGUGCGAAGCAAUCAUCACUUGAGAGGACGAUUGUUCGGUUACCAUCAGAUCACCCGCAAGAUCUUGCUGUACCAUUCUUUCUGACAUAUGUUACCGAUGUGGGUCGAAGUCUGGAAUCGACAAGAGGUUUCUUGGAGUUUGUCCGUCCUGCUCUGGCGUCCGAGCGACAUGAUUCAGCUCUGAGCACUGCAGUGACAGCUACGUCAAUCAAAAUCUGGUCCAUGAUCGGUAAACUGGCCCCUUCGAGCCCCCUUCCUUACCAGCUCCUGGUGAAAGCUUUGAGUCGGCUUCACCAAGCGACCGAGGAACCUGUGGAGAGAGGUGGCGACGAGACCGUGUUGGCGGCUCUAGUCCUCCAAAUGCAUGAUACCCUUUCAGCUGUAUCAGGCCAAUCCAGAGCUCAUGGCGCGCAUCGAGAGGGGGCUUUGACCUUGUUAUUGCAGCGAGAAGACUGUUUCAAGAACUCCAAGUACUAUGCUCAUCUUGUUGGCAACCUUCUCCACUCUAGGGUAUCCGUUUCGGUGAGGAACAGAACACGACUACCGACGAAGGAUCUUGAGUGGAUCGAGACUGAGGUUGCUCCAAUCCUGCCGAGUAAUCCUAGUUCAUCUCUUGAUAUGAUCGGAAUAUCUGUCGCAGAUCUUCAAUAUGCGUUCCACGAUACCUCACAAACAACAUUAUUCUCUUCUCCUGUUGCUAAGCUACGGCAACAGAUCUGCAAUCUAGACACUCACUUACGGACCUGGUUGAAACGAAUACCAACGAGUUGGUAUCCACGACGGAUGAAAAGCGGUAUCGAUUUCGAUUCGUCAGUUCCUUCAUACCAUGGCGCCUGCGAUAUAUAUCCGAGCAUACAAGUUGCGAAUAUCUGGAAUGCUUGGCGUAUCUACUGUCUCAUUCUCGAAAACAUCAAGGACCAACUUUUUCAGUCCUCAACACCAUCUGCAGCUCAGAAUCCCAAUGGCGAGAACAGCAUUCCAGACCAUACAAUGUUCUGGACUUCAAACCAGCACAGAGUCCAAGAGCUUGUUGAUUCUAUGUGUCUCAGCAUCCCAUUCUACCUAGGCAACUGUAACUACCCUACUGAUAUACUCUCAACGGGGAGCCCCAACAUCAUAUACCCCAGCUAUCAUGAUUUACCUGUCGAUGAUGAAGGAUAUAUGCGGUUCAAAGCAAGCGAUCAGUACGUGUCCAAACUUGAUCACUCGCGACACGUUAGACUUCAUGGCCAAGUUCAUGCAAUAAGCAUCUUAUCCUACGUCAUCGACAUAUCCAUGAGUAGUAAUUGGAACCAGCCAAGUCUUCUGAGAGAGAAGCAGAAGAGAUGGAUAGCAAGUCAGUUCAUCCGAUCCAUCUACUCGAUGAGGCCUAUUUUUGGGGGUUUAUCGGAGAGGAGAGCCCAUCAGGGGGCUGUUGACCUUGAUCAUAGUUUGCAAGCAGUGGAUACAAUAUUAAUAGCCAAAAGCUUGGCAACCAAGGUGCAAAAAGAGCUGUGGACGAUCAGCAUUUUGUAAUAGACAAAUAUCAUCCCAAAGUACGGAUAAU